UGUAAUUUAAAGAUCUGAAUUUGAAAUAAAAUUCAGUUGGAAAUGAUAUGUUUAUACCUGUGUUGUUGAUUUGUUGAUUGAACUGAAAAAACGUAGUUUUAAUUGCCACUUUGGAAUUGGAAUUUAUGCAAUUCAGGGUUAUAAGAAAACCCUAGCUCCGGUUUCUUCAAAUUUGUCUUUGGAAAACCAGAUGAGAGGAAGCAUUGCUAGACUGGCUGGCAGUGACACUUAAGAGGCUGAUUACUCAUUGCUUACCAUUUGACUUUUUCUGUUCCUUAUAUUGUUGGAGUGAUCGACAUUACGAGAAGUAGAUAUUGAUUUAACUAUUUGAUGCUUCUAUAAUAACUGAACUUUUCAAGUCUGCUGUUGCUAAAGAUUUGAUAAUGACAUCAGAGCAAGCUGCCAUGAAAUCUAGCCGAUCGAUGAAGAGAAAGAUAGGUGGGGUUCAUGAAAAAUACAGUGACAAGGAGAAUGUUGCAUCAAAGAAAGCAACACGUAGGAUUAGUCGGCAGAAUCUGAAUGCAGCAGGGGAAUGUAGAAAUCUUUCAGCUGGGCAAAAUGAUGGGAUUUUGCCCUUACAAGCUUCGAAGGUAUCUUGUCAAAAGCUUCCGGGAAGGACGACUUGUUCCCCUGUAACAAAAGGCGAUGCUGCAGCAGGGAGUCAACAGCUUGAUUCUUGUAAGAAGAUUAAGCUACAGCUUUUUCCAAUAAAUAAAAGUACCCGACAGAGAUUGGAGAAGGAUGGCUGCAAUCCGUUCCAGGAACUCACUUUAAGUGCUCAGAAGAAGAUAUCGUCGGUGAUUAAGCACCUUUAUACAAAGUGGAGUUCGUCGAGUUUGGGGUUAGGGGAGCUCCUUCUAUUCCCCUAUGAUACUAAUACAGAAAACAUAGCAUCACAGAAACGAUGGAGCUCAAAAGAUACCAACAUUUCUGCAGGAGAAGUGUAUGCAGCAAUAGAAAGUCCUGCCAUUUUUCGCUUAAGGUAUGGCUGUUUUUCUGAUCUUAAGCUCAAGGCUUUUGAGGUACCUGAUAUCUCCCCAGCCUCGGGUAUGCAUGCACAAUCGAGGGGUAUUAAGAGAAUCUUUGCUGAUGCAAUGGACAUAGCAAAUGACAAAGUGAAGGGAGCUAAGUUGAAAAAUGAAGAGCUUAGUAAACCAAUCUGCAAAAAUGAGCAUGAAAUUGUAAUUGAGAAUCAGAAGAUGGCUUCAAACAUACAGGUUGAUCAUAUGGUUGAUGAAGUAAGAAAGCAAAAUGUCCCUUCAAAGACAGACAAUCCAUGGGAUGAUAUUUUGACCAACUUAAGCAUUGGAGGAUUGUUUUCUGAGGCAUCUUUGCAAGGAAAGAUCAGCAAGACAGAAAAUAAAUUGGAUUUGCAGCCAAUCCAGUCAGUUUCUGAUAUUAGUAUAGGAGGUUUGCUGUCUGAAGUGUCUUUGCAGGGUAAGACAUCUACUGAAAUGAACCAAGAGAACAGAGUGGAAUUGCAGCCACCUACAUUUAGUUCCUAUUUUAGCAAAGGAGGCUUCCUUUCUGAAGCAUCUUCUCGGGAAAAGAUUAGUGAUUUCAAUUUAGAUUCAAAAGGAACAUCUGGUUUGAAGGAAACGUCAAAGUGUGGGCCACACAUUGAGUCAAAAUUUUCAUGGGAUUUUAAUCUCACUAACUUGAGCAUUGGAGGAUUGCUCUCUGAGGCGUCCCUGCUGGAGAAAGUGAAAAAUCAUGACCAAAGAAGUGAGGACAAACCAAGCUCACAACCUGACUCUCUUGAUGCGUUUGUUGCUGCACGCAUGAAUUCACGCCCUGAAAUUUCAAAGUCAUCAUCUCAUGAAUUGCACUCAUCUAUCUUGGAUGCUGAAGAGACAUGUCAUGCAUUUCCAGUGCGUAAAAUUUCAUCAGGAAAUGAAAAUGCAACAACUUCGUGUGGACAAGCUGGUUCUGGCAACGGUCACGAGUAUACAAGCUCAAAAUCUUUCAGAAUUCCAUCAUCCUCUAGUGCUGCGGAGCGCUCAACUCAAAGUGUGAUCGCACAAGAUCAAUCAUCAGAGCAACCAAAGACAACUCUCUUUUCUCGUUCACGGGGUGUUUUUGAUGAAGACAGCAGCCUUGGGCUAAAGGGCAUCAAAUGGGAAGACUCUUUGGGACCAUUUGAUCUUGGACUUCCCAUUUUGCGACCUGUUAGCAUCGGAGACAGUGUUAGCCUCAGCGAGUUCAUUAAAUAACAUACUGUAGUCUUGAACUGAUAGUAUGAUACCAUAGACAGACGAAUCCUGAGCUCGAGGAUCAAAUUCUUGAUUAGUCGAAAGUAAAAAUGAUUCUCUGAAUUGUCCAUAAAGAGUUAAAAAACCAUCUUGUGAUUAUAGAACUUACAUUUUUUUAAAUGUAAUAUAGCCUUAGGCUUAUCCUUUUCUUCAA